CGUCCAUUUCGCACCUCACACACUCUCCCUCCCAUCCUCGCCGGCACAAACCUACCUCCCGCCGUGGAGCUUUCAUCUCCGAUGAACUCAAUCUCCUCGCAAGGCGUUCAUGUCUUCAGGAUUUCGCCCUAUGCUCGUGUUGGCAGCAGAAACACAAGGGUUUUCAAGCUCAACCUUCCCAACUUCUCCCGUCCUUCACGGAGCCUACACUUCCUCCGCCGCCCCAAACGCCCCAAUUUUGAGGUCGUUUGGUGCUCGAUUUGGGGAGAUGGGGUCUUGGAGAUUGAGGAUGCAGCUUUAAUAGUAUCUACUUGUAUUACCAGGACAUUGCCUCCUGCUUUGACGCUGGAGCAAGGGUUGGAGAAGAUUGAGAAAGCUAUUACAGAGCUGAAGGAAAACCCUCCUUGUAGUGAUGUGGGGAUGCUAAGGUUUCAGGUUGCAGUGCCACCUAGUCCGAAGUCUUUGAGCUGGUUUUGCUGUCAACCAGAGACAUCGGUCGUGUUUCCAUUAUUUUUUCUUUCCAAGGAGAGGGAUCAAAAAACAUAUAAAUCUCUUUCUUUGGGUAGAACCCGUGGGGUCUUUGGAAUCGGGUCUACAAUAAUCUUUAAGGUCCUUUCUUCAUCCAAUAAGGGAAAAUUGAAUGAAAUUGGAAGACAUUUUUACAUUGAUCCAAAACAAAUAGAGGCUUAUGGACUUUUUGGUACUGGUUCUGAUAAAGUGAUAUCUUUCAUGAAGCAUGAGGCAGAUGCUGUUUACUUUUUUAUCCCCCAGUGCAACUGGCAUGGAAUGAUGCGUCUAUGCGCACCCUUGAAGAGGCUUUUCGAGCCUAUGAUGUCUGUUUUCUUCAGGUUAAACAAAACUGUUUCAUCAAAUCAGGAAGAUGCGGGAGCAUAUACAUUAGCAGUACUUUUCAGAAACUUAACACGAUAGAGGACGAAAAUGUUGAAAUGGUAUGCAUCAAUCCACUACAGCUUGUUAGAUGUUCCCUUGGAACAAACACUUUGGAACUGCAAGAUGCUUCCUUCUGUUCCCAACAGUUCUUCAUGAGGAUUUCACCCUCAUUAGCUAUUGCUAACAACAUGGUAUGACUGUUUUUGAAUGGUUUGUUGCUGGACUGAAUUGCUAUUUUAUGAGUUUAAUGUAUUGGUAGCAAUGUAGCAUAUCAUGUAAUUUUUUGUUACAGUGACCUUACUGCCUGUUUGAUGAACAUGCUUGUAGAGCUUUUUGUUAUUUCUAGUGUCAAAUGAAGCCAUACCUCUGAUAGUCUGAUGCAUUUGCUUUUAUAGCAUUCUAAGCACAUCCAAGAAUCAAACAAAAGUUUAUACACUAUUAUAUCAUCUGACUUCUUAUUUUUCCUUUUAUGAAAAUAUAGUAACUGAAAUGGAUCUUUUGCUUUUCUGGGUGACAGUAUCACAUUGUAUUGGGGUUGAGAUGCACUUUUAACCUGUUCCGAAACUUAUCUAGUGAUUGAUUUGGACAGACAUGUGUCAAUGUUUGUGGGUGAUUUUCAUUUUGGGUUGUUGAGAUGAGGUAUAGAAAGGUCACCUUGUUAGGUUAAAUCAAGUGAGAGUGGUCAU